GGGGGGUCCCCUUGUCUCUGGGCCAACUAACAGAAAAGCAAGGUGGAAGGAUUCUUUAUGUCACACUUUUUCAUAUAGACUUGCCUAAAUAUAUUGAUGUAUAAACGGAAUGUUAUGUGUCACCUAUUCUGAAUGCACUACUUCUCACGGUCGUUUUACGUGAGGCUCAGAUGGAGAGUGUAACAAACAGGUUUAGACUGAGCCCCCACUCACUCACAACCCCUACGAGAGUUACUUUUCUCCUUUGAUUCCAUUUCUUCUUCCAUCUUAGAAAGGGAGGAAGCGGAGGGUGAUGCUCAAACUCUAUUCCAAACAGAAGCUGCACCCAACUAUCCAUCCGCUCAUGAAACAAUGUGCUGAUUUCAUGUCAUCAAUAUUGCAUUAAUUAAAUUGUUAUAUUGUAUCUUCUGUUAAACAGGAUACUGGUAUGCAGUUUAUUUGAUUUAUGGCUUGGCAAUGCUGCCCUUCAGUGGCAGCUGACUAGAAUCACUUUGUAGGAAACAGCAAAGAUGAGAAGCAGACAACUCUGCAAUGACAGGCUGAACAAAAUGAACCACAAUACAUUUGCUCCAGAGACUGUAGCAUUCUUAAAGUAAUCAACACCCUGCUAAGAAUAUCUCCCAGACAUGGAACAGCCUUUCAUCUCCAAUUAUCAUAUUGCUAUUUUUCUUCAAAACACUAAAUUAGUCAUUAUUUCAGGAUAUAGCAAGCCCUAACUAAUUCUUGUUGCAUGAGCUGGUGAAGCCUGCUCAUUUGAGAGGAGAAACGUGUUCUAACGGCAGAACAGUCCAACGACCAUCGAUUCAAUGCCCUGAGAAUGAAAUGAACUGGAGGAAUGAAAAUAUUCCAAGAAACACAAAAAUUAAUCAGUGUCCACUGAGUAAUUCUACAUAACAAGGUUCAAUCAUACGCAUUCAUCUAUAACGGCGACAUAUGGUGUAAGGCAGAAUAAUUGGAUGCCCUUCCAUGAAAUGGUAGAAGGUACUGUUAACUUGUGAGUAUAUCGACUUUGCAUUCAAUUAAACAUGCCUGAAUUUCACUUUGUGUAAAAUUGUUAACUGAGAGGGAUCCUCAUUGUUUUGAGCUUGGUCUGGCACUCGGGGAGCGGUGUACAAAGAGAUAUUUCUUGUGUAAUAGGGGUGCAAUGGCUUGAUAAAGCUUGGGAAACACUGCGUCUGUGACUUUUUCUUCAGCUGGCUUUUGGGAAACUGUCUAGCUAUUCACAAAUUGAGCUGAUAUGUUUGGCGAAGUUGAUGGUGUUGCACACAGACUGCUGACCUACCAUAUAAUGUGACUCUCAUGGCUGAGAUGAAUUGAUUGUACAAUACUUUUACAACAUCUACAGUGUGUAGAGUCUGCAUAAGAAUGCCAUGCUCUUCCACUCUUUGUGUGUCACACCUGUCCACAGCCUUUGUACCACCCACACAAUAUAAAACAAGAUGCCAAACGUGGAAAAAUAGCACGUUGACAGCCUGUACAAACAACAUGCAUCGCACCAGUAACCACACCACCGUGUUCACACUCAUGUAGUAGAGAAUAAACCAAUGAUGUGGUCACAUGUCUCAAAGAAUCACAAACAGAGGGGAUUGAUGUUUUUCACAGCACAUCAUCAGCAUCCACGCGUUGCAGUAGCACAACGCGCCCGUUUGAUGUCGCCCCACCACUGGGUCAGAUGCGCCCAACCUUCCAACCUCUGGCGGGGUCCUUGGACCAAUCGCAGAGGAGGUGGGUGGGGACGCUGGUGUCACUACGGAUAGUGAAAGAAGUUUGAGCCGACCUGCCCGCGCCGCCGCCGCUGCUUGUGCUGCACCUAUGAGUCUGCACGUAAAUAAAUAGCCGCGGCUGACUAUGCCGAGUUAAAGAGCGACUGACUUGCGCCCUGUCCCAUGAUGGCACGCGAUGUUCUACCCGUGGACGGUUUCACGGGCAAAGCGAUGCCCAGAGGCGAGCCGUGUACAUGCAGCGCCAACUGCCGGAGUCGGAGCAGCAGUGUCGUUUUCCUCGGAUUAUUCCUGCUGUCACUCUGCCUGCACGCGGUCACGCUCGUCUGCUACUUGGACCUGCGUUCGGAGGUCAAAAGGGAAAUAAUCCACCAAAAACGGGACUCCGUGCUGACACUAGCGGGGAGUGACUCGGGCAAAGCGGCGUCUGUGGUCCUACCGCCCGAGCCCCCGCGCCUCGACCCCGGUAGCAGUCGCUCAGCAGAUGAUCCUCAGGUGCAAUUACUGAUCAGAAAUAGGGACACGGCUGCCAGAGAAGACAACACGGGCAAAACUCAAAGGGAGAAAAGAAGUGCCGCCAAGCAGCCAGAAACAGAAUCAACAGGCAAGGAAAAAAGGAAAGAGAAGAAAAAAGGCAAAAAAAGACCAAUAUCAGGCCCUCCUGGUCCUCCCGGCCCCCCAGGUCCGCAGGGGCCUCCAGGAAUUCCUGGCAUCCCUGGGAUCCCAGGAAGUAAUGCUGUGGGUCCGACUGGACCUCCUGGCCCCCCUGGACCACAGGGCCCUCCAGGUGCUCAAGGCCCAGCAGGAGUUCCUGAUAGGAUGAAAACAAAAGAAUUUCAGCCUGCAGUGGUCCAUUUGCAAGGGCAGGAAACAACCAUCCAAGUAAGAGAAGAUCUUUCUGAAGGUAUCCUCAGGAAUUGGAAGAUGGUGUCCAUCCAUCACCGUGUGUUUAAAAUGCACUCUCGCUCUGGAGAGCUAGAAGUGCUGUUGGACGGGGUCUACUUCAUAUAUAGUCAGGUAGAAGUGUAUUACCUCAACUUCACGGACAUCGCCAGCUACGAAGUGAUGGUGGAUUCCAACCCGUUUCUCCGUUGCACCUGCAGCAUUGAGACAGGCCAGCGCAAGUUCAACACCUGCUACACAGCUGGGGUGAGCCUGCUGCGUGCAGGCCAGAGAAUAUCCAUUCGCAUAGUAUAUGAGGACACGCUCAUCAGCAUGACCAACCACACCACUUUCCUGGGAAGUGUCAGACUUGGAGAGGUGCCAUCUGCUGGACAGAACUGAUGACUACACAAGUCAGCCCUCUCAACGCAAGUUUGUCUGCGUUUGAAGAAACCGUUUGGUCUGGAUGCUUCCAGUCUUGCCCUGUGAGAUCCUGCUAGGACAUUGUGAAAGCAUGUUGGGUGAUAAAAUUGAGGAUCACUCAAGUUCACUCUCACAGUAAUCACUCUCAUUAUGUCGGGAGGACAUAAUGGACUGUUCUUCUUGUGAAUGAGAAGACAGAAUGUCUGUUGACUAUUCAAACAAAUGUCACUAAUUAUAGUCCCCAGCUUCUCUUAUCUUAUCUCUCACCCCCCUCUUUCUUUCUUUCUUUCUUUCUUUCUUUGUUCAUAACAAGGAAUGAUACUGCACAAACAGGUAUUUUAAAUUAACAUGUUGUAUCUCCCAAAAGGAACAACAAUUAAAAAUUGAGAAAUAUUGUUUAGUUGUACACUACCACUACUUAACUUUAUUACCUACCUAUUUGUGGUCUACCAUAAGGAGCUCUAGAUUCUACUACAGCUCUGAAGUUACAAAAAUAAAAGUUGAGAAAAUCUUUGCAACUAGAGUCAAGAGGUAUUCAAAGAGCAACAGCACUAUAUAUUUUGCGCACAUUUUGCACUACAAUAUCCCUGCAGAAUAUCAGUGAUAUGUUCUGUGACAGUGCUAUUGAGUUACUGUAUGAAAGCAUACAUGUAGAAUAAAGAUUUGUUUAUAUGUCUGUGUACAUAUUGUAUAUAAAAAUGGGAUAUACUUUUGUAACUUGAGAGGAUGGAUAG